UAUUUAUGAAUUGACGUAAUGUAAUGUUACUAUAACAAUUUCCUUAUAAAUUUAUUAAUAAGUAAUUUUAACUUAAUCAUCUGGUAGAAUUCUUUUGUUGUAUGAAUCAAUUUAAAUUACGAAUAAAGAAACGAAACGUGGAAAAAGGAACGCCUUUCGUUUAUUCGGAAACGUAAACCAGUAAAAUUUUUGACAGUUCGUAGUUGGAAUCGUGCUUUUCGAUUCAAAGAAAAAUUGUGUAAGAACGGGUAUGGAAAACAUCUCUAAGAAGGAAGAUCAAAGUAAUCAGGAUGAUUCAGACUCUGAAGUAGAUGAGGUAGAGCCCAGGCUUAAAUUUGUUAGAAUGCGAAACGAUUUGGAACGUAUAUUGCAAAACGAUGCAGCUAGUUGUAUCGCUGUGCAUCCCAAGUUCCUGUGCCUUGGUUCGCAUUGGGGUAUGAUACAUCUCUUAGACCACCAAGGCAACAAUAUCCAGUCUAAGAGUCUACAAGCGCAUACAGUUGCUGUCAAUCAGAUUUCUAUAGAUUAUAAUGGAGAUUUCAUUGCAUCAUGUAGCGACGAUGGAAAGGUUUUUAUAUAUGGUCUUUAUAGCACAGAGAAUAAUCACGAUAUGAGAAUGGGCAGAUUAGUUAAAAGUAUCGCCAUAGAUCCAAAUUAUUAUAAAAGUGCUAGUAAAAAAGGGUUUAUUACAGGAGAUGAUAAAUUGGUUUUGUACGAAAAGACUUUUUUAUCCAGAAUGAAACUAACUGUAUUAUGCGAAGCAGAAGGUGGGGUUAGAUCAAUUGCAUGGAUUGAACAUUUUGUGGCUUGGGCGUCCGAUACUGGCGUUAGAGUUUACGAUUUAAAUGCAAAGUGUUCGUUAGGUCUUAUGAAAUGGACUAGGUCUGGAGAAGCAUUGCCUGAACAGUAUAGGUGUAAUCUUCGAUGGUCUGACGAUAGAACAUUAUUAAUCGGUUGGGUCGAUGUAGUAAGAAUAUGCCAAAUUAGGAAAAAAUCGAUACAAGAAAUGGCCAGUAGAGAUCAACCAGCAUAUGUAGUGGAUAUAGUUUUAACAUUUCAAGUGGAUUUUUACAUUUCUGGUAUUGCACCUUUAGAAAAUCAGCUAGUAUUAUUAGGCUGUUUGAAAGAACUAGAUGAAAAUGGAAAAAGUCAACGGCCAAGAUUACACGUUGUUGAACCAAAAUGUCAGGACCAUUCCAUUGUAUGCGCAAACUUUCUCACACUCCGUGGUUAUAAAGAAUAUAGCUGUAACGAUUAUCAUUUAGACUGUUUAAAAGAAGAAAACAGGUUUUUUAUUGUGAGUCCAAAGGACAUUGUUGUAGCUAAUUUAUAUGAUACAGAUGAUAGAAUUGAAUGGCUAUUAGGUCAUGGAAAAUUUGAACAAGCAUUAGAAGCAGUGAUAAUAAAUAACGGCAAAGAUUGUAAAAGGCACAAUUUAGUUAACGUUGGCCGUGUUUAUUUAGAUCACUUGCUGGCCUGCGGAAAAUACGACGAAGCAGGAAAACUUUGUUUGAAAGUCUUAGGAAAGGAUAAAAAAUUGUGGGAGGAAGAAGUGUACAAGUUUGCUAGAGUUCAUCAGCUACGAUCCAUUUCUUCUUAUCUUCCGAAAGGCGAUGUAAAAUUAGAUCCAUUGAUCUAUGAAAUGGUUUUGUGUGAGUAUUUGAAAAUGGAUCUAGAUGGAUUUCUUGAUCUAGUUAAAAAGUGGCCCCCAACGUUGUACAAAGUUGUAGCUGUUAUAAACGGUGUUUUAGAACACAUUAGAGUUCAUAGCGAACGAAAACACGUACUUUUCGAAGCUUUAGCCAUUUUAUACACACACGACGGCAAAUAUGAUAAAACGUUAGCAAUGUAUUUAAAGUUAAAGCACAACGAUGUGUUUCAAUUUAUUAAAAAGUACAAAUUGUACAAUACUAUCUACGACAUGAUAGAAGGUUUAAUGGAUUUAAAUACAGACCAAGCUAUACAGUUUUUUUUAGAAGAGAAGGUGCCAUCUGAUAUUGUUGUACAAAAAUUACAGCAUAAUCGCCGAUACUUAUACUUGUACUUAGAUGCAUUAGAUAAAAAGGGUUUAACAGAUUCUAAGGGCAAGUACCAUGGACUGCUGGUCCAGCUGUAUGCCGAGUACUCUCGAAACAAAUUGUUACCACUUUUACGCCGCUCUGAUAAUUACCCGAUACAGCAGGCACUAGAUAUUUGCAGCCAGCAAAAAUUCUACGAAGAAAUGGUGUAUUUACUUGAUAGAAUGGGAAAUACUUCGGAAGCUUUGGCGCUCAUGACAACGCAAUUGGAUGAUAUGGAAAAAGCGAUCACGUUUUGUCAAGAACACGAUGAUGAGGAAUUGUGGAACGACUUAAUUAAUUAUUCUCUCGACAAACCUAAGGCCAUUACAUUCCUUCUUCAGAAAAUAGGCAGAUCGAUCUUAGAUCCUAGACUUAUGAUACAGAGUAUAAAACCGUCUUUCGAGAUUCCUAACUUAAAACAAGCUUUGGUUAAAAUGAUGUGCGAUUACAAUCUUCAAGUGUCCGUACAAGAAGGUUGUAACAAAUCUUUAUCCAAUGAUUAUUUUAAUCUGCAGGAGAGGCUAGUUAGAUGUCAUCAAAAAGGAAUAUUUAUAGACGAUGACCAAUUGUGUGGAUGGUGUCACGAGAGAAUAAUUGUAAGAGAACCAAGGAACUUAAUUGUUUUUUAUUGCAAACAUUCGUUUCACGAAGAUUGUCUACAGAACUUUAAAGUAGUGGAAAACUGUGUCAUAUGUCAUUCACAAAAGGAUACAUCACCUGGUAGAAAAUGAUAUAAACAGUGGAAUUUCGACGUUGCUGAGCUGAUAACUUUCGAUCCGCCAAAGUGACCGUUAACGGACAUUGAAGAUUGUAUGUGCACUAAAAAUUCACAGGCUUGUGGCCCAAUGGAUUCUACCAGAAUGCAAUAACCGCC